GUUGAGGCCCCGAUACUGAGCUGUGCUUAAUUGUUGACGAGAGUACCAAGCUAUCAGCCCAUCCCUAAAAUGAAACCUGUGGUCGUGAUUGCUGCUGCUUGCCUUCUUUUGGCCUUGUUACAACCAGUUGUUUCGAUAAAGUGCUAUGUGUGUCAAAGCACUAGUGAGAGUAGCUGCAAAGGUAAAGAGAUGUCAUGUGAUGCAUCAUCGGAUCGUUGCUCUAAGGUGGUCGGUAAAAAUAAGAAAGGAGUUGGAAAGGCUUGCGCUAGUGAACUGGGCUGUACUUUGGCGAAAACGGCUUGCGAUAAAUUGGGCUGCGAUUACUUUGGAUGUUGUAAAGGUGACCUCUGUAACGCUUCCUGUGGUCUCAAGUCCAUGUCAGUCCUGAUUGCCUUGGCUAUGAUGAUUGCUUUUGCACGUCAUUAUUUGAUGUAACCAUGUCAACCAAUGACGAAAGCGGUACAAUUCAUAAUAAUAACAUGUAAAAGAUAAGUUUCCUAUUAUAACUUAACAAUUUUGAUUAAAAGUUUUCAAUUC